UCCCCCCCUGUCGCGACAGGGGUGGUGACACAUCCUGGGGGCGCCACCCGGGCGGUGCCACCCGGGAAUUGGGACAGGCGGUGACAUCCGGGAACGGCAGCGCGGGGACAAGGUGUCCCCAGGUGAUGUCCCCGAUGUCCCCUCAGUGUCCCCCGGUGUCCCCUCAGUGUCCCCAGGUGUCCCCCCAGUGUCCCCCGGUGUCCCCGCUGUCCCCCCGCCUGUCGCGGUUCCUGCUGCUCCCCUCGCGGUUGCUGCUGGCGCUGCGGGCGCUGCUGGCCCGGGGGGGGCUCUUGGUGGCCGCGGUGGCCUCGGGGGUCGCCUUCGGGCUCUGGGGGGCGGCGCUGCUGCUGCGGGGACCCCGCGCGGGGCGGGGGCGGCGGCGGCGACCCCCGGGACAGGACGGGGACUGCGGGGAGCACCGGUACCUGCGGCUGAGGGGCUCGGGGCUGCGUCUCCAUUACGUCACUCGGGGCCCCCCCGGCGCCCCCCUGGUGCUGCUGCUCCACGGCUUCCCCCAGAACUGGUCCUGCUGGCGUCACCUGAUGCAGGAGUUCAGCCCCCGGUUCCGGUUGGUGGCCCUGGACCUGCGGGGCUACGGGGACUCGGAGAAGCCCCCGGGCAGGGCCAGCUACCGCCUGGAGCUGCUGCUCGGGGACAUCCGUGACGUCAUCGAGGCGCUGGGGACACCGCGGGGGACACCGCGCUGCGCCCUGGUGGGACACGACUGGGGAGGGGUCCUGGCCUGGGAGGUGGCCUCGAGUCACCCGAACCUGGUGGAGAAACUGGUGGUGAUGGACGCGCCGCAGAGGGGAGUGAUGGCAGAUUUCGUGCUCCGUCACCCAUCGCAGCUGCUCCGCUCCUGUUACAUUUUCCUGUUCCAGCUGCCCUGGCUGCCCGAGCUGCUCCUGUCCCUGGACGACUUCCAGAUGCUGAGGACGUUCCUGUGCAGUUCCUGGAGCGGGAUCCAGGACCCGGCCCGGCGGCUCUCGGAGCGGGACCUGGACUCGUACCUGGGGGGGCUCGCCCAGCCCGGGGGGCUCAGCCCCCCCCUGCACUAUUACCGGAACCUGUUCCGGGCCACGCCCAUCCCCCGGGAGCCGCCCCCUCCCCCCACGCUGCUGCUCUGGGGCUCCCGCGACGCCUUCCUGGACCCGCGCCUUGGCCCCGCCCACCUGCGCUGGCUCCGCCCCCCGGCGCGGCUGCGCGUCCUGCCCGGCGCCUCCCAUUGGCUGCCCGAGGAGAGGCCCCGCCUCCUGGCAGAGCUGAUUGGACAGUUCCUCGAGGAAGGGGGCGGGGCGGGGGAGUAGCCGGGGGGGGGGGUUGGGGGGGCU